AUGGAAACAUUUGAGCCUAGGAUAGUUUGGAUUCUUCCUAUGGGAUAUGAGGUGGAUGAGAUCACUCUUGACACCUAUGCUCAACACCUCCUCAGUAAGCUGGUAGAUGAAAACAAGGAAAGAUUUGGAACUUUUAAAGAAAAGGACUUGAGCCUACAUAAGCAAUUCACUAAGUGCGGAAGGAAGAGAAAGGUUAGAAAGGAGGUUGAACAGCUUGCAGAACAGAUGGGCAUAACUAAAGAAGUUGUGCAAAGGGCCAGAGAGAAAAAUAUCUUGGAGGAAGACAUGGUAAAGAACAAAUAUAAUCCGAUCUUUACUCCUCCCAAGAAGGCUAAGGCUAAACAGAGCAAGUCAACACCUACCUCUGGUGUGCAGAAGGUAGUCCCUCCACCUAAGCCACAAUCAUCAUCAACCGAUGGAGCAGAGAAGAGAAAGAAGGAGAAGCCAGUCAGAACAUAUGUUAUUGCUGAGGAAGAAACCAAACUAGAUGAAAAGGUCAGAGAAGUAAAGGAAACAAUCAUUUAUGCUCGAGUGGUGAGGAAUCCCCCAUCCGGUGAAGCUCAACUAGCAAAGAAGCCUAAAACUGAAGGUGACCCAUCUGGUAAAGCCAAACCAAGCAAAAAGAAGAAAUCAAAACUUGAUGAAGCUUUUAAAUUGGGUAAGCUUGAAGUUCCUUAUACUCUUGUGCCUCUGAAAUCCUUGGAUGAAAUUAUUAAUGAAAUUAAAAAGGAAGGAAAUCUCAAGAAUUUGCCUAUAUAUUAUGAAAAUUACGAUGACAAAGAUCAAAAGGCUAUUGAGGAAAUCAAUCUAGAGAAGGAUAAUUCCCAACUGGAAGGGCAAUCAAGCAAAGACACUUCUACUCUGGUAGUUCAUGCUCCAUCUAAGGUUUCUCAUGAUCGGCCAUCUAUGAUUGAUCUUAUUGAAUAUGAAGUUGCAGAUGAUACCACUGAUAAUCAGGUAGUUGGGGACUCCGGUGAAUCUAUGCAAGAUCCUCUAGUUAUGGAAGUUCAUUUUGAGGAAGCAACCGCGGAGAUUAGAAAUAAGAAGGGAGUGGGUGAGAAAGCAAGAGAAGAAGUUGAUGCAGCAAAGGUUGAUACAGGCGCAAGUGUAGGCGCGGAGAAAGAAAAAGGAGAAGAGAAGGUUGAAGAGGCACCGGUGACUAUAGCAAAGCCACUGUACCUGACAAAGGGAAGCAGAUUGAUAUAG